UUUUGGUUUUACGCUAGGGUGACCAAAUCAUGAACUGGAGAAAACGGGACACACCCAAGGAGGGUCGUUUAAGGGGGAUACGCUCCAGUUAAAGAGGGGUUUGGCGGCCUCCGUCGUAAACUGUUUAUUGAAAUAUGUUCGUUUUAACUAUUUUGAUACCUAGAAAUAAUUUAAAUUUAAUUUCACCUCAUUAAACAUAGCGGUAUCAAAAUUGGUUUCUGCGCAGUUACCGCAAUACCCCCCCCCCCCCAACCCCGCUUCAUUUCUCGUGUCUUUCGCUAUACAUAUAAGAUCUAUGGCAGUGACACUGUAUUUUACGCAGCAUCGGCAGAGUGGUGGAAACCGGUGGAGAAGGAACAGUGCAGCCAUCACGCGAACCCACAUCUCAACCAAUUGAACGUGGGCCCCUCAAAUAUAAGAAGAUCAGAACUGGCACUGGCUACACAGCUAGCUAAAAUAUUACUUGAAGUUAUAUUAUAAAUUAGGAAGUUUUAUUGCGUUUGGUUUAAAAAAUGGGACAUUUAGGCGUCCCGAGAGACUUUUUCGGGACACCGGGUACGAUCGAGAAAAAACGGGACAAUCCCGUUUUACGGGAAGUUUGGUCACCCUAUUUUACGCGCAAAAGACUACCCGUGUUUACUCCUCAUGCGACCUGCGCCAAGACCCACUCAGUGGACGGUUAACAAAGUUUUAGUGAAGCAGUUUGAAGGAAGGCCCCAUGAUAAAUAACAGAAUUACAUCAUUUAAUGAAUGUUAGAAGAUAGUUAAGAAAUAACAAUAUUUAGAUCUAGAGCCGUCACAAGCAAAUUCUUAACGGGGGGGGGGGAGGGGGUGAUCAUUAAAUUUAGACACCCUCUUUUGUGUUUUCAUGUUUUGGGGAUUUACUUUUAUUAUUUAAUUUAUAUUUUGUUCUGGGUGAAAACAACAAUCUUUAAGACAUAUUAUUUAAUUUAUAUUUUGUUCUCUAUUAAAACAACAAACAUUAAGACGCUAUAUCCCAGCAUACUUUUGCUAUCCCUACAAAAAAAAAAAAAAAAAAUAAAUUAGCCCAUCAUUCUGCUAUUUGAAUUUGUUGGUUCAUAUCGCUUGACUGAUACUAACUUAGAGCGAAAACUCGUAUCUCUUGAUCGUUUUUAAUGCAUCUUACAGCAACAAGACGGGAAUGAAGCGAGUUUCGACUCUGUUUUGUGUUCUCGUUCUUUAUGUGGUUGCCUCCAAGGCACAGGAGACGGGCGUUGUCAAUACCCCAGCUGGGAGGGUGAGGGGUUUGAAGGUGACCGCAAGUAAUGGCCAGUCUCUCUGGACGUUUCGAGGAAUCCCAUUUGCACAGCCUCCAGUUGGACAGCUACGUUUUGCGAAGCCGCUGCCUUAUCCAGCUCAAUGUGAGUAUCAAUUGUUCUUUCAAUGA